UCAUUUUCGAACGUGUGUUGCCAAGAUACAUCUAACCGACGUUCUAUGGAACGUUUUCUGUGCGAAAACAACAACUUCUGUUUGCUGCUGACAACAAACUGGAUUGAUUUUUCAGACCUGAGAACAAUCGACUGGAAAAUGCCUGGGUGCUUUUCAAGACUGGUGGAGAGAAUGCGUGGACGUCUGCGGCCUACUGCGUCGACAGGUUCUUCAAACUCAUUUGUGGCUUGUUUUUCUUGUCUUUUUCUGUUUUGCAGGGUUCGUGAUCGUCGACAGAUGGACAGUGACAGCGACUUCGAAGAGGAAACAACUGUCCUGGAUGAGGUCCAGUUGGAUGUGUCAUUGGAUGUUCCACAGCUGCCAGUCCUUGAUGUCCAGAAUGCUGCUAUCAUCCUUGAGGAUGUGCCAGAUGUGCAGACCAUCUUUGAGGAGGCCACUGGCAAUUGGCAGUUGAUUCUGAUUAGGUUCAGCCCCCUGUACUGUGGGCCUGUUGUGAUCAAGAACAAUGCCGGUCCGGUGGUUAUAGCUUGGAGAACUUUCCGGUUCAUCAGCCCCAUCAUCACCUACAUGCGUGGGGGAUCCCAGCAGGUGGUGGUGAGGAUGCACCACGUGAGUAGGGUGAGAGGCCUGGAGACUCAACUGGUGUGGGCCAUCUCCAAGGAGACAGCCAGGCUUAGUCCAGAGGGCAUCCCCUACUGUGCCACCAAAGUGCAGUCCAUCACUUGGAUCCAGCGUGUGGCUGGCAGGGUGACCCACUAUGCGUCUCACCUCCGCCACGAGACGUCUGUGGACGUGACGCUUGGCUGCUACCAGCAGACUGAUGUCUCAGUGGUGUACACCACUCUCCACAUGGGGCUGGACGGGCUUCUCUCCUCUUCAGCGUGGUCGGAGGCUGCCUCCUUCUCUACGCCCACCACUCAGCACUUCACUGACCCAGAGCCUGAGGGCCACAACUGCUAUGAGGGCUGGGAGGAGGACCUGCUGCCUGAGGAGAGGGAGGUUCCUCUGCUAAACCUCUACCUUACCACCAAGAGAGUGGAGGACAUCGCCCUGAGGCUCGUCUCCCUGCGCCAGGCCUUCACUACCCUGCUUGGUUCCACCCUGAGCAGGAACCAUCUGUUUGUGGCGGGAAAGGUCCUCCUGGGCGCACUGGUUCAGGCCAACCACAUGGACGAGGCCAAGUUCAUAAGUACCUACAACGACUUUGUGGACUACCUGAGUGACCCCUCCAAGUGGAAUGACAUUGAGAGGGAGCUGGCUGAGGCAAAGAUCCAUCAUGUGAACAUGAUAGAUGUCCUCUUUGAGCUGGUGCUGUUUGGGAUGAUGACAGCUCAGAAGUCCCUGAUGGUGCAUCCUGGUGGGUUCGUGGAGCGUCUGUACGCUCUCCUGUACUCCUUCCUGCCCACUGCUGCCAACAUGGAGCCAGAGGCUGACAGAUACCUGCUGCAGCUCAGUGAUUUUUGUGACACUUUGCCACCCAACAGGGAUCUAGACACCAAUGCACUACAUUACUUUGCACUGAUUUUUACAUUUUUAAAUAAAAUAAGUUGUAGUUCAAAAACAUUUUGCCUCAAUUCGUCGGGGCAUGGACUCUACAAGCUGCCCUAA